UUUAUUAGCAACGUUUUCUUAGCUGUAUUUCAUUAGAAAGUUUAAACGUUUUGUUAGAAUAACUUUAAAACUCACUUUAGAGCGCUUAUGAAUGAGACUAGGGUUCAUUUUAGCCUCUUAUUUACAAAAAACAUAUUAUGGGGUCGUAACAUCUAGCAUGCCCCUCAUUGGUUAGAAUCCCAUGACGUAUGAUAAAUCUAAUUCUCUGAUUGGCUACUGCUUUUGCAACAACGUGCGAUAUUAUUUGAUGAGGAAGACGACUCAGUGCAGUUUUAGAAGUUAACUGGACGCAGAGAAGACAGGUUUUUUGCAAUGUUGACCAUUUUCUUGAUUGUUUUGGUAAGUCUGGUAAUAUUUACACUGAAAUAUGUUUUCAGCAGCCCAGAGUCGAACCCGUUUGCAAAGGACUGUCGAGAACCGCUGAAAAAGAAAGUUUACGACGAAAAAACGAGAAAUAAAGUGCUGAAGCAAGGUUUCGUGGCCAGUAAAGUACCAGACAACCUGGAUGCAGUCAUCAUUGGUAGUGGCAUCGGUGGACUUGGCCUGGGUGUCCUUCUGGCUAAAGUUGGAAAGAAGGUUCUGGUUCUGGAGCAGCAUGAUCGGGCCGGGGGAUGCUGCCACACGUUCACAGAGAAGGGCUUUGAGUUUGAUGUUGGAAUCCAUUACAUUGGUGAUCUGUUGGGCGACUCGCCUUUUCGCUGCAUGCUGGACCAGAUGACCAAUGGUCAGCUGCAGUGGGAGCCUCUGGAGAAGGCGUUUGAUCACGUUGUGCUGGGAUCUCUGGAAAACCGCCGCUCCUAUCCCAUCUUCAGCGGCAGCGCUCGCUACCUUGAGGAACUGAAGAAGCGAUUCCCUGGAGAGGAGAAGGCCAUCGAUGAGUAUUUGAGGCUGGUGAAGAAAACUGAGUUUGGCUCCUGGCUCUUUGUUGUGCUGAAACUCUGCCCCUUACCUUUGGCCAAGUUCCUGAUUCACACCGGCCUCGUCAAACAUCUGUCUUUCUUUUUUAAAAUGGCGCCACGCAGCCUGAGAGACGUGGUCAACGAGCUGACGGAGAACAAAGACCUCAGAGCUGUCUUCACCUACAUCUUUGGCACCUACGGUAAUAAGCCAAAAGAUGCCAGCUUUGCCAUGCACAGUUUGCUGAUCACUCAUUACCUAAACGGCGCCUGGUACCCUAAAGCUGGCAGCAGCGAGAUUGCUUACCACAUGAUUCCCAUCAUUGAGAAGGCAGGGGGCGCUGUUCUGGUGCGAGCUCCAGUCAACCGCAUCUUAUUUAAUGAUGCAAAGGAAGCUUGUGGUGUGAGUGUGUUGAAAGGUCAGGAGGAGGUGCAUAUAAAAGCCCCUAUGGUCAUUUCUGAUGCCGGUAUCUUCAAUACCUACGAGAACCUGGUGCCCAAGGAGCUCCAGGCCAUGCCAGAGAUCCAGAAGCAGCUCAGUCUGGUGAAACAUGGUGAAGGAGGUCUGAGCAUCUUUAUUGGUUUAAAUGGAACCAAGGAGGAGCUGGGCCUGAAAGCAAACAACUACUGGAUCUUCACUGAGAACAAUUUUGAUGAACUGAUGGAGAGAUAUUUAAAUGACGGAAGAGAACAGGCUUCUAAGAAAAUACCUCUGCUGUUUGUUGCGUCGCCAUCUGCCAAAGAUCCAUCGUGGGAGGAGAGAUCACCAGGAAAGUCUACUUUAAGUCUGGUUAGUUUUGUCAAAUAUUCGUGGUUUGAGGAGUGGAAGGACGAUAAAGUGACGAACAGAGGGUCCGACUACAAAGAGCUGAAACAAGCGUUCAUUGACUCCGCUCUGGAUGUGGUGAUGGACGUUUUUCCUAAAAUCACCAGGGACAAGAUUGAGUAUAUUGACGCUGGAACUCCCAUCACCAACACACACUACAUUGGCGCCCCAAAAGGUGAGUUCUACGGAGUGGACCACGGCAUCGCUCGGUUCAACCCUGAACUCAACGCUACAAUAAGACCUCAGACUCCCCUGAAGAACCUCUACCUGACAGGUGUGUCCUUCUGUGCUUCUAUAUACCAACCAGAGAAUAAAGAUUGGUGUGUCUUAAUCUCAAAUGUAUCACCCUUGAUGGUUUUUACAUGUUCUGUCUACAGGCCAGGAUGUGUUUUUGUGCGGUUUCGCUGGCGCUAUUGCCGGUGCGCUAACCUGCGGCUCGGUCAUUCUCAACCGCAACCUCCAUCUGGAUUCCUUCCUGUUGGCAAUGAAAACCAAAUAUAUAGACAAAAAGUUAAAAGACGAGUAGCUGCUUCUGUUUACUGAAAUUAAAUUGCAUUUGGCAACACCACAGCUCAAUAACACUAAGAAGGGAUGAGCUAAAGCUCUUAUUAAAAAGUCAUAAUAUGCUGUCUCUUUGCAUUAGCAUGUUCAUUUUGCACUAAUUCAUGAUAUACUGGCUUUAAUCGUGAGUAAUAUAACACAGGCCUGAUGCAUGAGGCAGGGUGUUUUCAGCACUAAAAAUAAUGUUUUUGUCUUAAAUUUAUGUAUUGUAUGUUUCGAAUAGUGCUCGUUUUUAACAAUUUCAUUUGUUUGUUUUGUGUAAUAGGCUGCAAAUAAUAAACAUGUUAUAACACGUG